UCCAUCCUUACUAUCUUCACAACUCCCUGACUCCACCUACUUGCCCUCCCCCACACAUAUUUGCAUUUCCUAGAGUACACACUGUGGUCUCUAAGUUUCUCCACCUAUGUCCUGGCUAGAACACCUCUAGGAUGCCCUCAAGAGCUCUGUAAAUCAAACUUUAAGACUCAAAGCAAGUUCCACGGAUCCUUUUACACAGUGGUAAGGUGUACUUUUGUACAGUCAGGCUCACGAAGGAAAUGAGUUGCAAUUUAAGGCAUCAACCGGCAUGUAACCCUAGUCUCCAUCUCAGUAAAUUAUGAGGGUUCAUUGGCCAAGAUGAGAAUCUGUUUGCCGGGUUCUCAGCUGGGAAGUAGAUGCUAUGUAAAAUCCAUGGGGGCAUGGGUGGCCUCGUGGCUUCCAGGCAUCGGCACUAAUAGAUUUAUUCAGUAGUGCAACAAUAUACCACCAGGCCUAUUAUGUGCUAAACAUUUUGCUAGGUGCUAGAGAUCAAGGAUGAAUGGAGAAAUUAACUGGAAGGAUAAAAGUUGAACAAAUACUUAAAAGAACACUCUAAAAAUCCGUAAAGGAAAAGCAAUAGUUUAAUCUGUCCAGGUGUACUGGGAGAGAGCGUCCCCUUGCCCUCCCAAGGGGAAGAUUUAAGGGGAUUAGAACCAUAAUCCUCGGGUUAGGUAUCAAGGUUUGAGGUCCGAAUCUUAACCCAGACCCACACCUGGGCCUGUUGUUUCCCUAAGUCCCAGAAUAGAUCCUGGAAUUAGUGGUCUGGUUGUCAGUCCAUUAGAGUGAAGUGGCCCCACAACCUGCCACCUAGACAGGCCCUUUAAUUGAACAACUGUCCUUAGGACGGUCUCAAGUGACAUUGUUAGAAGGCACGACUCCUUUAAAAUAAAGGAGCAAGUGGGCACGAGGGAUUAACCCAUCACUAGUGGCACAAAUCGUAAAGCCAGGUGAGACUGCAGACCAGACCCCAGACUCCAGCCUGGGUUCCUUCCAAAGAGCUGGGUUACAGAGACCAGCCCCCAAUAGCCCCGCCCCCGAAGCGCGGGCGCCGAUUGGUCAGCGUGCUCGCAGGGCGUGACCAGAUCUUAAAGGUCCAAGAGCUUAAUAGGACGGGAAGUAGUGGCUGCUCCGGGAACACCAGGGGAAAUGAUGCCUGGAAGGCCCAUGUAGGUUUCUUUAAAACCUCGCUAAUGUCCAGGCUCAAGUACUAGAUCUAUGGAGCCCACCAGAAACUGUCCACUGUUCGGAGGCGCCUUCUCCGCCAUCCUCCCCACAGGGGCCAUUGAUGUGAGUGACCUCCGACCGGUGCCAGACAACCAAGAAGUUUUCUGCCAUCCUGUGACCGACCAGAGUCUGAUCAUAGAACUUCUGGAGCUGCAGGCCCACGUGCAGGGCGAAGCGGCUGCGCGGUACCAUUUUGAGGACGUUGGCGGGGUGCAGGGGGCUAGGGCUGUGCACGUGCUAUCUGUGCAGCCUCUCUGUUUGGAGAACUUAUCCCUGAGAGGCUGCUGUCAAGAUGCCUGGUUCCUUUCUGGCAAGCAGCAGGUAGCUAAAGAAAACCAGCAGGUAGCAAAGGAUGUCACACUGCAUCAGGCCUUGCUUCGGCUGCCCCAGUAUCAGACUGAUCUUUUGCUCACCUUCAAUCAGCCCCCGUGUCACAGCAGGUCUCUUGGCCCUGAAAAUCUGUUGUCAUGUCCACCUUGGAGCCUGGGUAACUUUGAACAGCUGGUAACUAGUUUGACUCUUCAUGAUCCCAACCUCUUUGGUCCCCAGUAAAGAUGGUUGCAACACAACAUGCUGCUGGGGACUCAGGGACCCAGUUCUGAGAGGGGGAGUUUCUUUCUGCUUCUUCCCUGGAUGUAAACAUAAGACACCUCCUCUGCAGAAAUAAACUUGCUUUAUGAAGAACAUAA